GGGAAUUUUUCCUAUCUGUGGCCGUUUCUCCUGUUAAUCAACCUGGCUACUUGCUACACAGGAUACACAUAAUUACUACACGCUCUGUUUGGUCAACCUUUUGAUCUUGCGGUACAAGAUUACAAAUUUACAAUGACAAGAUACCGUUUCCGUGAGAAAAUCGGGCUGCCUUGUCUUAAACGAUCGAAACAAAAAUACAAAAGAAAGGAAAAGGAAAAAGAAGAGGAAGUUGAAGUGGAAAAUCUUGUUGGGGAACAAUUUGCCCUUCCUCAAGAGAAUGUGCCGCCUCAACAACCAGAAGAGCCACGUCCAGAUAGCCGGCUGAACGAAACGAGCGAAACAAAUGAAACAAAUGACAUAGAUGUAACAGAUGAUACAAAAGGACUGGAUUCAAUGGAUGAAACGAACGAUAAGGAAAACAAUACUGAAAAAGCCGACGAAAUCGUAAUUGAUUACAAGGAGUUGAAAACACGGACAGACCUUUGGAAAAGGGCUUAUGAGCAGUUCGAGCAAAAAGAACCAGCGCUUAUUGCAUCUUACGAAAAAGGCCUGUUGAGAUCUGGACUCGCAGACAGACAUGAUGACGGGACAGAUCCAGAGGCGCGAAAGAAGCAGCUACAAGACUUUGUCAAUCAAAAGUUGGACGAAAUAGAGGCGAGAAAAUUGGUUGUGACCAUACGAGAUAAGAAGAUUGUUGUCAAGGAUGAAAUCCGCCAUAUUGUCCAUGGGAUUGUAAAGGUGAAGGAUGUCAUCUCUGCAGCGAUUGCCAGUGAGCCCCAUGCGGCAUUGGCUUGGGCUGGCGUGUUGGUCAUUUUACCAGUCUUCUUGAACCCCAUAACUCAAGCGGAAGAGGCUGUCAAGGGAUUGAGUACCAUAUCAGAAAUCAUGAUAAAGUACCAAUCCAUAGAAGAGCAUCAGCUUCCCAGUCACUCUCGGGACUCUGAAAAGAAAUCUACACGCGAUACAAUAUACAGAAACUCGUUAGAGGGAAAUGUUGUGAAGAUGUACACUCACAUACUAGAGUAUCAAAUGAGUCUCGCUAAAAGCUUUUCUCGUUCCAAGUUUGUUCAAUUCCUGAGAGACCUUGCUCCCGUCGAUGAUUGGAAAGACAUGGUUGGAAAGAUACAAGAUCUGGAUGGAACCAUAUUCAAACAGCUGGAAUGUCUGUCGCAGAGUGCCACUUUACAAGUGAAGGAAACAGUUGAUGAGAUCCAUUCCCAGGUUGAUAACAUCAAAGAGGACACAAAGUUUAUCAAGAAUUCAGAGCUUCUGGAAAAACUACAUGCUGUACAAAAUUCUGCAUUCGAUUCCGGAGACCAAGGCAAUAUUGAAUGUUUACCAGGCACACAAGUGGACAUGCUCAGCCGAAUCCAAGACUGGAUCGAUAACCCUUAUGCACCGCCUAUCUUCUGGAUGCAUGGCAUGGCAGGGACAGGAAAGUCCACCAUUGCUCGGACUGUGGCAUCAAAGCUCCACAAGAUGGAGCACUUGGUGGACAAGGAAUCGCCCAAUGAUGCCUACCUUGGGGCUAACUUCUUCUUUAAAAGGACUGAUAAUCAGCGCAAUAACCCGAAAGCGUUUUUCCCCACGCUCGCGAGUAAUCUGGCCGAGUCCCUGCCAGAUCUUGUUGAACCUAUCUGCAAUGCCAUUAGGAGAAACAACGAUAUAGCCAGUGAGCAUCUGAGAAACCAAUGGGGUGAAUUAAUCCGCCAACCUCUACGAGAUCUGGAAGAAAGAUUCUUUUCGCAUCCGACUAUCGUCAUCGUUGUUGAUGCUCUGGAUGAAUGCGAGGCUAUAGAUGAAUUUGGAAAUCUCAACGUAAAGAUCAUACUGAAUCUAUUUGGCCAGCUGAAAAACAUUAAAUCACUCAGGAUGCGAGUCUUGAUCACAAGUCGCUCGACAAAUGAGAUACAAUCCCGAUUUGGAAAAUUAACAAGUGACGAAAAGGAAAAUGAGACGCUUCAGAAGAUUUCUCUCUCGAAUAGCGACAACUCACCAACAGACCUUCAUCUCUACUUCCAGCACGAGAUGGGGAGUAUCAGAGACUAUCAUGAACGGGAGGAUACCUGGCCUGGGAAUCAAGCUAUCGAGAAACUCGUGUUGAAAGCGGAUGGACUUUUCAUCUUUGCAGCUACUAUCUGCAGGUGGUUUUAUAAUCCCAAGAUUAAUGUGAGUGAUCGCAUGCAGACGAUCCUGGAGAACGACAUCGUUGGGCCUCAGGAGACACUUGAUAAAUUGUAUAUUGAAAUCCUCGAGGCCGAAGUUACUGAAGGAAUGACUGAAGCAGAGAAGAAGAAGCAGCUUUCAUUGUUUCAUGAUGUUGUCGGGUCAAUUAUGAUCAUGUUCGAUUCAGUGCCUAUCUCCGUGUUGGCUAGACUCAUACUGCUCGAGGAGCAUAAAGAAGAGGAUAUGCUGUAUGCGAUCCGAAAAUUGUUGGACUGUCUUGGGCCGGUAUUGGCAGUGCCUGAAAACAGUGACCAUUCAGUCGAACUGCUCCAUCUCUCAUUCCGUGAUUUCCUUGUCGAUCAAGAGAGAUCUGGUGAUGAUUUCUGGAUUGAUGAAAAGAAAGCCCACGGAAAUGUUUUCAAGUGGUGUUUGCACAUCAUGGACAGCACCUUGAAACGAGAUUUGUGCCAUCUUAGGAAGGUCAACACUCGGUAUAGUCAAGUGGGGGCUGAUCGACUGGAUGAAUAUCUCCCGGAUCAUGUAAAAUAUGCGUGUUGCUAUUGGGUCAGUCAUCUUCAGGAGAGUUAUAUUGUGGCUUGUGAUGGAGGUACUAUCCAUACAUUUCUCAAAGCGCAUUUUACUCACUGGGUAGAGGCCAUGUGUCUAAUGGGGAAAGCGCCUGCUGGUAUUCUUAUACUUAAUGACCUUCUCGCCUAUAUUUCUACUCUUCUGGAAGAAAAAAGUACAGAUCUGCACGCAUUUGUGGAAGAUGGGAAGCGUUUCAUCACCACUUUCCGGUCAACCAUUGAAGAAUUCCCAUUGCAAUUAUACACAUCUGCUCUCUUAUUUACACCGCGAAGGAGUAUUGUGCGACAUUAUUUUGAAGAGGAAAUCCCGAGAUGGAUUCAAACAUGUCUAGGAGUGACAGAAAAUUGGGAUUCACUAUCGCAGACCCUCCAGGGGCAUACAGACAUUGUGAGCAGUGUCAAGUUCUCCCCAGAUAAUAAAUCGGUUGCAUCGGCAUCUCACGACGAGACAAUCAGGCUGUGGGAUGUAUCUACUUGGAGAUGUUUGCAAGUGCUCAGAGGACAUCAAGAUGAGGUUAACGAUGUGUCAUUCUCAUCAGAUGGUAGGACAUUGGCAUCUGCUUCUAGAGACACAACAGUUCGAUUAUGGGAUCUAGCCACUGGGGAGUCAAACAUCUAUCAAGGCUUUUCGGAGAUGGAAAAAGUUAUAUUUUCCCCUGAUGACAAGAAAUUGGCGGCGAUAUCCGAUUAUUAUGAGGUCUAUCUCUGGACUCUAGAUACAGCAGAUCCAUGGACGUUAACUAAGACUUAUGACGUCAAUUGCUAUGAUGUCAUGGCGUUCUCACCUGAUAGCAAGUUCUUGGCAUGUGGUGACGAUGAACAUGUUUAUCUCUGGGAUACAAUUGAGGGGAACUUUUCGCAUACUGUCAAUUGCCCUCAGCCAAAAAACUUUAUGUUCACCACUGAUGGAGAAACUGUCAUGUUUGAGUCUCGCAGUGGGAGUCUUAAAUUGUGGAACUGGGACAGAGGAAUCUAUAAGACCUUCGUUUCUGGCCGUGAUGAUUAUGAGGAAGAUGGCUUCCCGUGUGCCUUUUCUCCAGACAGAAGCUCUGUCGCUAUAAUAUCAGAAAGCGAAGGUCAAGUCCAUAUUUGGGAAAUACCAACGGGCAAGAAAAUGGCAACUCUGGAAGGCAUUUAUUUCACUGCUUCCCGGUACUGGAAUGUGGAGUGGCUUUCCAAAGGUGAUCAGGUGGCCGUUAUUGGAGAUGAGGGAAGUAUUUACAUCUGGGAUGUUGCCACCAAAACCUUGGUCAAAGAAUUAAGCACUGGAUAUCUCUUUUCCAGCGUUACCUUCUCCAAUGAUGGUAAAUCCAUGAUUAGCUGUGGCCGCAUGCGUGGCGAAGAAUGUAAUGUUUGGGACUUGGCAAUUGAAGUCCCAAAAGAAGCGAAUGUUUUGCAUCAAACAAAAGUUAAUUGCAUCGCCAUUUGCUCAGAUGGUAAAUCUUUUGUUUCUGCCACUCAAAACGACCAUGUACUGCGGGUGUGGGAAGCAAGUUCAGGGGCACUUUUACGAAUCUUAAAGCUUCCAUUUGAUCCAUCUGCAUCCUACCCGCGUUUAGCAUUUUCUACUGAUGCAAAAAGGUUAUUAUUCAGAGAUCAAAACGGGCCAAUGACAGUCUGGGAUGUGAGCACUUGGGAGCCUUUACAGCAACUGAACUGCACACUGUAUCGUAUUGAACAUGCGGCAAUAUCUCCGAAUGGAAUGACCGUGGUAGCUGCGGCUGACUAUGGAGUCCAAGUCUGGGACUUACAAGCUGGCGGCUCAUGGACAAUCCAGUCAAUUGGUUCACCAGUAAGAUCUCUAGUUUUCUCACCAGUUGAAAGCCUUGUAGCUGUCGCAUCUUUUGUGUCUAUUAAUAUCUACGAUACCCAAACAGUAAAGCUAAUCCAUCGUCUAACAUGUGACUUCAUUCCUAAUUGUCUUGCAUUUUCCCAAGAUGCCAGCCAUAUUGCAGCAGCAGGAGAAUCAAUUACUCUGUGGGAGACAGGGUCUGGUACCAAAGUAUGGGAGCCUGGGCACAAGGUUGGACAUGACAAAAAAAUAGAAGAUAUAGCAAUCUCCGAGGAUGGCAAAUAUCUUCAUGCUAGAAGAAAGGAUGGCAUAAUCACCUAUUCUGUUCAUGAUUCUGGGCAAAAGGUGAACCCAGUGACCAGCCACAAUGUGGAUUGGGUGAAAUAUGGAGACCGGGAGAUUAUUCUAAUUCCUCCUGAAUACAGAGCAAAACAAAUAUGGGACCCUUCUCAGGAUGGCAUUCUUGCUAUAUACAAUAAGUCAGGGGUGAUUAUGAUUAGCUUUGACAAGACAGACGAUCUUUUACUGGAUUAACAUACAAUUCCGAGAAGGAAACCUGGCCAGAGCAAAUACUCGCACUUACCACGGACGUCGUGUCUGCUGGCGUUCCUGACGGUCGGGAUCCAGAGCGGGAGA